AUAUAACAUGACACGGAGGGAGUUACAAGUAAAAAAUGCAUUCCAACUUUGUAAUUCUGAGAAUAAUACUUUUUAUGAAUAUCAGAAAUAAGAAGCCAUGUCUAUUGAGUCAUGUGACAUAUAUAGGUUGUUUGUAUCUAUUGUUAUCAGAGGUGGGCAGUUACCAAACUAAAUAGGGGAUUUCCCUAAGAGAUCACGUUAACUUUUCGGUGGCAAACACGCGCAUGCUCAGGCCUUUAGCAGCAAGAUAAAAUGUUGUUUUUUUCUUAGAAAAGCUUUAUAUCCAUUUUUUUUCAUUGUUCUUUGGUGUGACAGGUGUUGUCAUUUUUAUGUUUAUUUUGGCAAUUGUACUUUAUUUUUACCUUUCUUUUGCCAAGUGAUUAAAUCUUGAUCCUGAUUUCUCUGAACAUCAAAUGUUAACAACAAUCUGGUAUAUUUGUUGGCUGGGAAUGAGCAAGGAAUGUCUCCUGAACCGGAGCAUGGCAUUCUGAGUGUGUGGGAUACAGCUGGCGUUGAACGAUUCCGCACUGUCACAAAGAACUAUUACCGUGGAGCACAUGCAUGUAUUCUCAUGUUCAAUGUUGAUGAUCCUGGCUCCUUACAGUAUCUCCUUCACUGGAUACAUGACACGGAUGAAUUCUGUCCGGAUGCAUUGAAAGUUCUAGUGGCCAACAAAAUAGACUUGGAUGAGCAGGUUACAACAGAAAGUGUUGAACUGUUUGCUAGCUCUCAUGAGUGCCAUCUAACCUUCAGGAUAUCAGCAAAGACAGGAGAAGGGAUUGGCAAAGCUUGUACUGAAAUUGCUAAAGCAUUAUUGAGAGAAAACAAGGAAUUAGAGGAUGAUUCUCACAAUGAGUCAUCUAAAAGUGAUACAAUUGGACUUGGAACAACACCCGACCCUGCCAUCCGGCAAUGGAGGAGUGGCUGUUGUGCAUCACGUUAGGAACCAUAUUGUCAAAUCUCUAAACUAUUAUCAAAUAUGGAUUAUAAGCACAAACAAGAGGCAGUUUUCCAUACGGUUUGAGUGAGAAAGCAAGGCCUUUCCAGUUCAGAGUUUGUUAACAGCCUUGCAAAUAUUUGCAGGUUUUAGUUCUUACUAAGCUACAGCAUUUGAAGCCCUUCAAUCAGGUGCUCAGCUUCCAUCCUCAAAAACCCAAGGUGAGAUCACAGGCACGAGAAAGAGGUGGAACAAGGCCAGCCUAGGGAUAGGGGUUAGGGGGCGAGAGAGAAGAGAAAGAAGCAAGAAGACAAAGCCUGUGCCGCUUGUCAAAUUCACUAAUUGGAUUUAACACCCUUAAAACUGGCUUUUAUAGAACAGGCUCCCAGGGCAUUUUCUCCCUCCUUUCUUUUCUCUCCUGCCCCCUUCCCCCUCUGCCGCUCGUGCACCUUGUUAUGCUGACCACUGGGUAGCUGAGGAUGCUAAGCUUCAGGCUUUAUUGUUAAAUGAAUAAAAUGUUUACUUAAUUCGCUGCAAGAAAAAAUCUGACCUCCCAAAACCUUGCUUUUUCACUUGAAUUACAUUAUCUUGAAAAUAUCUAGAUGAUGGAUAAAUCAUUUUAAAAUUAUUAUAAAAUAUGGAAUAUAGAUACAUUUUGAAUUUGUGUGAAUAAGAAAAAAAGGUGAUUUGAUCUAAUCUAAUCUGAUAGAAAAAAAAUAGCUUGAUUAGAGUGGUUUUCGUAGACCUGUGGAAAGCAAUUUAGCUUAUCUUGGUUAAUGCACUCUGAUUUUCUGUUCCCUUUUGUGUUAGCUUUUUUGGUUUGAGAAAAUCACUCAAUAUGUGGGAGAUAUAAUAUAAUAUAUAUAAUAUAAUAGCGUUUUUGGUUUGAGAAAAUCACUCAAUAUGUAGGAGAUAUAAUUUCGAUAUCUGGUGCAAAUAAAAAUUGUCCAAAUGGGAGCAUCUGAUUACUAUAGGCAAAAAAAGAAAUGUAUUAAAAUGUCUCUGAUUCUAAAUGUACUGUAAGUUGCUGCUUCUCUUCCCUAAAGUUUUGAAUAUUCAGUGAACUAUAGCUUACAAUUCCCAAUAGAUAAAUUGCCUUCAGUCAUUUUAAAUCCUAUAAGUUUUCCGUGGACAGUACUAGUUUGGGUAUAAAUGAUGAAAACCAGGUAUGCCUAGUGCACACUAGUGACAUAACGACAUAAAAACAUUCUUUUAAACCCAA